CGUCCGCUAGUCUAAGCCAGACAGUUUGCCGAUCUCCGGGUCCCGGUUAAUACCAUUUCGUCUAGAUCCAUCUUCUGUUGAUAAACUCACUAGUCAAAAUGUCGUUGAAGAAAGUAAGCAUCGAUUCAGUUCCCUUGUCUGGACAGCGUGUUUUGAUAAGAGUGGAUUUUAAUGUUCCGAUGAAAAAUGGGGUAAUCACGAACACCCAGCGCAUUGUUGCAGCUCUCGAUACUGUCAAAUAUGCACUUGAGCAAGGAGCAAAGAGUGUUGUUUUGAUGUCUCACCUUGGUCGCCCUGAUGGCCAUAAAGAAGACAAGUAUUCAAUGAAACCCGUUGCACCAGUUCUGAAGGAAUUGCUGAACAGGGAAAUUAUUUUCCUGGAGGAUUGUGUUGGAGCUGAUGUUGAAGCUGCUUGUGCUGACCCUGCUCAGGGCUCUGUAAUUCUUCUUGAAAACCUUCGCUUCCAUGUUGAAGAAGAAGGUAAAGGUGUUGAUGCUGCUGGCAACAAAAUCAAGGCUGCCAAAGAGGACGUUCAAAAGUUCCAAGAGUCUCUUCGUCGCUUGGGGGACGUCUACAUCAACGAUGCUUUUGGCACUGCUCACCGAGCUCACGCUUCUAUGCUAGGAACUGGAUUUGAUGUGAGAGCAUCAGGCUUCCUCUUAAAGAAAGAGUUGGCCUACUUUGCGAAAGCUCUGGAUAAUCCUGAACGCCCAUUCCUUGCUAUUCUCGGUGGUGCUAAAGUGGCCGAUAAAAUUCAACUGAUCGGCAAUUUGCUUGAUAAAGUUAAUGAAAUGAUCAUUGGCGGUGGUAUGGCGUACACUUUCCUGAAAGUUAUCAAUGGCAUGCAGAUCGGCGGUUCGUUGUUUGACGAGGAAGGGGCGAAAAUUGUCGAAGAUUUGGUAGCCAAAGCGAAAAAAAAUGGCGUGCAGCUUCAUCUCCCGGUUGACUUCUUGUGUGCUGAUAAGUUUGCCGAAGACGCUGCUACCCAGGCGGCUAGUGUCGAAUCUGGAAUUCCUGAAGGUUGGAUGGGAUUAGAUUGUGGACCAAAUACAGUUGCCAACUUCGUAGAGCCAAUUAAACGUGCUAAAACGAUUGUUUGGAAUGGGCCUGUGGGAGUCUUUGAAUUUGAAAAGUUUGCCACCGGUACUAAAGCUGUUAUGGAUGCAGUUGUUCUUGCAACUCAAAACGGCGCAACAACUAUCAUUGGAGGAGGAGACACAGCUACUUGCGCUGCCAAAUGGGGAACUGAAGAUAAGGUAAGCCAUGUCUCGACUGGAGGUGGAGCAUCGCUAGAAUUGUUGGAAGGCAAGGUUCUGCCCGGCGUCGCUGCCCUAUCUGAUGCUUAAAAUGGUGUUAUUUUUAAAUAUGUAUUUCAAAUACAAGCAUCAAUCGUCA